AUGCAGUUCGCCAGCCUUUCCCUCGCCCUGGGGGCACUGCUCCUCCUCCCCACGUCGGUGUCAGCGUCGGGCUGCAAUGGCACGGGCAAGCCGACGCCGGACGCGGACGGCAAGUACUGGAUCCACAGCGAGCACCUCAAGGCGGGCUUCGUCCCCUACGGUGCGGCCAUCUCGGACCUGAUCAUCAACGACCAGUACGGUAUCCCGCGCGACAUCGUGGCCGGGUGGGACAACGCCACCUACUACAGCAUCGACGAGCAGCACCCCAACUACGGCAACGUGCCGGGGCGCUACGCCAACCGCAUCAAGAACAGCACGUUCGAAAUCGACGGCAUCACCUACCGCGUCGAGCCCAACGAGAACCCGACGGACGAGCACCCGGAGGGGGUCAACACGCUGCACGGCGGACCGGACGGCUGGGGCUGGCGCAACUUCACCGUCGUCUCCCACACCAAGAACAGCAUCACCUUCUCCAUCGUCGACCCGGACGGCAAGGAAGGGUUCCCCGGCGAGGUCAUCUCGUACGUCACCUACACGGUCACGGGCUGGGACUGGGACAUCUCCAUCGUCGCGCUCUCGACCACCAAGAAGACGCCCAUCAUGCUGACCAGCCACGCCUACUGGAACCUCGACGGCUUCGCCAACAACGAGACCAGCCUGGCCCACAACCACACGCUCCACCUGCCGUACAGCGGGCAGCGCGUGGCGGUCGACAACAUCCUGAUCCCGACAGGCGAGAUCCUGGCCAACGAGAAGGGGUCGGUCAACGAUUUUUGGAGCGCGCCCAAGCCGCUGGGCGCCAACAUCACGAGCCCGGAGCUGGAGGGGAACUGCGGCCUCGGCUGCACCGGCUACGACAACUGCUACACGGUCAAUCGGGUCGGGCCGUACGACUGGCGCACCGACGGCCACGUGGCGCGGGUGCACUCCCCCUGGUCCGGCAUCCAGCUGGACAUCUACAGCGACCAGGACGCGUUCCAGGUGUACAGCUGCACGCAGCAGGACGGCACGCUGACGCUGAAGCGGUCGCAGGGCCUGUUCGACGACGAGAGGUUCCCCCGUACGAUCCCGCAGUACGGAUGCGUGGUGCUCGAGGUGCAGGAUUACAUUGACGGGAUUAAUCACCCGGCUUGGGGGAGGACGGAGAAGCAGAUCUUCGGGCCGGCGGAUGGUCCUUAUGUCUUGCGGGCGACGUAUCGGUUUAGUAUUCAUUCGACGGAGACCUCGUAA